AUGAAUUAAGACGUUUUAUAGAAUUUCAUUCAUUCUUCUUCUAAGCAAAGCAGAAGAGGAUAGUUUGAGGGAGCUAAAUAGGAGUCAGCUCAAUACUCUUUAAGUUCCUUAAACUACCCAAAUAACGUAGUAUAAAGAAGUGGUAGCAGCAAUUAAAGACAUAUUGAUGAAUUCAUCAAUUCCCAUGCUCAGAAUGUAAAGCAAUCGUUUAAUUCGGCUCUAAAUGGUCCAAGUUAAAAUAAAGUAUUUACAGAUUCUCAUGAUGAAUAAGCUGCUUCCAAUUUUCAAAAUCAUCACAUUUCUUAAAUCAGCAAUCCAAUGAUGGAUAAUCAAUUGCAAGUCAAUUAAAGUAGAAACUUGUAAACAAAUUAAAAUUAUUUGAAUGUAGAUCCUUAGAGCUUUAUCCCUACUACUCACAUGCCACCAAACUAGAAAGCUUCUGUUUCUGCAAAUCCAAAUUACUUGAAUAAUUUCGUUAGUUUGAACCCAAACCUUCAGACAUUUAAUGGCAUGAGUACUUAAUAGCAACAGUAGUAUAGCUUAAAUCAGCAAUACUAGUCAUGUCCAUCUCAUCCUAAAUACGACAUCACCAAUAUAUGUGUUGCAGAGACUUGCAUAGAACCUCUUUGUCCUGAAUGUGUUAAAAUCCAUACUUAUAUGCAUAAUCAAAAAGACACUCCUACAAAUAUCGACACAAUUUUAUGCAAAAGAGAGUAGUGCAUUGAGUAUGUGAGAGAAUUAAGAGAAAACUUUUUCAAAGAGUAAACUGUAUUGAAUAAAAUAGGCGACAUCGAGAAGGGAGAUAUUUUCUAAUAAUGUUUAGAUUAAAUUUAAAAAGCUAGGGAUUUAGUUUUCUAAAAUUUAAAUUCAUACUUCAAUUCUUUUGAGCUCAAAGUUAAACAAAGAAUCAACGAAAUAAGACAAAAUCAUCCUCACCUUUUCGGAAGUAUUCACUCUAAAAUUUAAGCUAUGGUCCGUGACGUUUCUGAUAUGGAAGCAAAGCUAGAAUCUUCCUAAUAUGUGAAAUAUAUUAUUCAAAUACUUUCAGACGAUUUUAACAUAGACUUUGAAAGAAUACAAUAGGAUGUAGAUUAUGGAAUAGAGCAUUAUUUAAGUUAGCUAUUUAAAGUGUAGGUUGACACAUCAAUUUUAUCAGAACUUGACGAUUUAAUGUAAAAAUAUAUCAGAACAGAUAAAGUAGAUUUGAGUGAUUACCAAUGGAGAGAUGGAUAAUAGUAAGUAACUCAUGAAGUUCUACAUAGCAAUUUAUUUGUUAAAAAGUAAAACUAAAACAAUAAUGUUUAAGACAAAGAAAAUAACAUGCAAGAUUUAUUCGAAUCUAACUAAAAAAAACUUGUUCCAUAACCAAUUGAUUACAAUACUGUGAGUUUUCCUACUUAGUAAACUCAGUAGGCUAAUGCAAAUCAGAGUGACGUCUAUGACUUAAACGAGAUGCCUUAUGACAACGGGGUUAGCAAAAAUGUUAAAAAUCAGCAGUCAAAGAGUAGACCGAAAAGUGAGUAUUUAAAUCCUUAUCAAGCUAAUAAUAUUUAAGAGGUAUAAAAUGUUAAUGUUGGAAGUCGAGGAUUAGAUGGUGAUUAAUCACCUCUCAAUGGCAGCUAUGCUUCACAGAGAGAAAAUGACAGAGGAGCAAAUAUUAAUAUUUAUGAUUACUUUAAUCCUGAUUGCCUCUUAAAUAUUGUUCAUUUCUUCCAAGAUAACAGCAAACUAUUCCAUUUCUUAGACUUAAGCUAACUUUCUAGAGACCCUGCAACAUAAGAGUGGCAGACUGUAGAAUUAAAUAUAGCAUUCAAAAUACCAAUGUUCCACAGAAGUAUUAUAACUCCAAAUGGAAAGGUUUUCUUAGUAGGUGGCAUAGAUGUUUUACAUAAGAACAAAUCAAUAAAUUCAACAUAUUUCUUAGACAUGAAUAGAAAUGCACUUGAACUAUGUGCUAAUAUGAACUACGAAAGAAACUCUCACUCUUUAGUUGUUGCUUAAGAUUCUAUUUUUGUCGUUGGUGGCUUAAACAACAAUGAUGAAGAUAUAUAUUUGACUUCAUGCGAAAGGUUUGAUAUUGAAUCUUAGAAAUGGAUUUAAAUUGCAGAUUUGUAAGAAGGAGUUGCUGGAACUUCCCUUUGCAAUUUCCAUGAUAAAUAUAUUUAUAGAUAUGGUGGUAAAACAUACUUGAACAACAUGACAAAUACAAUUGAAAGAUAUAAUAUUUAAGAAGACUUUUGGGAAUACAUUCCUUUCCAAUUUACAGAAGCAAUACCUUCUUAUGCAGGAUCUGUCUAAAUAAAUGAUAAUGAAAUGCUGAUCUUAGGAGGCUAGAUAGGAGAAAUAAACUAAAAGUAAGCUAUUAUAGCCAGAGUUGACGAAUCUAAUCCUGAUGCUUUAGUUUUCUAUAAAUCUAAAAGUAUGCCAUCAUCUGGUACUUUCUGGUAGAAUCCAAUUAUUGGUGGAAAUGUUGUCUUUGCAGUAUAAAAUAUUAAGAUGGAAAACUGCUAAAUGAAUUAUUUUAGUAAAAAAACAUUAUUUGUAUUUAAUUGCAGAACUUGGAAGGAGCUAGGAAUAAAAUGA